UAUAUUGAUAUUUUAUUCGUAAACAUCAUUGUUUGGCUAGAAAACAUCGAUGUGCCGAUGUUAUCGAAAUUAAUACAUCGAUGUUUUCAAGCUGAACAUCGAUUUUUAUUCAAUAUCGAUCAUCCCUAGUUUGUUUUGUUUUUCUUUUUUAUAAUUCGUUGAAUGCAUUGUAGAUUUUGGCGCGUUUUAAAUUUAUUGAAGAUUAAUUUGUAAUUAACAAACAAUGCUUUAUGGAAAAGUGCAUAGGCAUUUUUUGCGAUCUAUGAUUGGACGAGGCGUGAUAAACUUACAAGAAGCAGCAAGCAUUCUUGAUUCACUGAACGAAGAGCAAUUACCUUCACUUGAAGAUCUUGUAAAACAAAUCAAUGAUGAACUCCGGCCUUUCCAACAAGCCAUAAAAAUAACCAAUGAUGAAUUAACUAAUGAAGAAGUCAUAGUUUUUCUAUCCUUGGGUUAUGAUGAUGCAACGAAAUCACAAAGUGUUUUCAGUGCUAAUGAGCUGGAGUAUUUUAGAUUAUUAAUAGAACAAAUCAUGACUGCAGAAGCAAGGCAGAUUACUGGAAUUAAUGCAAUGAAUCUUGUUGGGAUAAUGAAAGCAUCGUUUACUAAAACAGAUGCACAAAAACUUCUAAACACCUGGUGUCGGAUGCGAUAUUUAGAUAAAGACCAUAAUAACUAUGCUCUUGGAGUAAGAGCCAUUCAUGAAUUUGAAAGUUAUCUACGCCAGAAUAUGCCUGACACAAUUGAAGAAUGUUGCCUUUGUAAACAAAUAGUUUUCAGAGGUUGUAAUUGUCCAUCCUGUGCGCUAGCCAUUCACACAAGGUGUCUGAACAAGUAUUUGGAAAAAGUGGACAAAUGGCCGUGCUGCAAAGCUGACUUUCAUGCAUCACAACUGGAAAGAUUACACAAUGGUGAAAGGUAAGUCAAAGUUAAAAUUAAACACAAUAAAAAGGGGGUUAGAAUAGCAGCCACAUGUAGUCAACAGAAACAUUAUUGGAAGAAAUAGAUACAACUUCAUGUUUCUGAGGUAUAUGACAUAAAAGUUUCCCGCUGAAACUGUCUGUGAAGAAAACUUAUUUUAUUUCCAUAUAGGAUUAAAUUUAUAAUGUAUAUUGAUGAUGCUACCAACUUUCCACUUCAAUGAGGCUUAAGACUUCUUAGUAUGAAAUAAAACAGGGAGAAAAAAGCAACCUUUGCUUAGUUUCCUGCUGGAUCUUCUUAGUACAAAGUCUCCAACCGUAGAUAUCAAAACCGAUGGCAUAGUUUUCGACUUUCACAAGUGCUUGUAACAGCCUAGACUGAAUAAAUGAUAUUAAAUUUGAAUAACUUUUUCGUAUUGUCAUUUUUGAGGUCCAGAAUUGAUUUCUGGCUGUGUUGCCUCAUAUAAGACGUUUUCUAUGUAGUUUUGCCUAGGUGUUUGAUACCUUUAUUGUUUCUGGUGUACACAGGGCUGCACGUCAGACAAUACAUUGAGGAUUUUGUACAGACUGCUCUUUGUAUAGAACUUUCCUACUAACAGAGGUCUACUUAUGAUUGUGUGUAGUGUGAAGUGCGGCCGUGCGCAUCUAAAAUGUGUCUUAUUUAACUACUUAGCUUGAACAAUGUAAUAUUUACCUGGUUUCUGAAUUGAGAAUUUAAAGUUAAACACAUCCCAAACAGUACUUGUUUAAGUGAUAUUUGAAAUGGCUUUCAAACAUC